AGAGUCAACUGCCCCAAGCCCUAGGUUGUUCAGAAGGGAGCAGACAGCAGACGGAUCUGACCCCUCUUGGGUCCUGUAGCCAUGAGGCUCCUCUGGGGGCUGAUCUGGGUGUCUAGCUUCUUUGCCUUGUCUCUGCAGAAGCCCAGGUUGCUCCUGUUCUCUCCUUCUGUGGUUCACCUGGGGGUCCCCCUAUCGGUGGGGGUGCAGCUCCAGGAUGCUCCCCCAGGACAGGUGGUGAAAGGAUCAGUGUUCCUGAGAAACCCAUCUGGUAAUAAUGCCCCCUGCUCCCCAAAGGUGGACUUCACCCUCAGUUCAGAGAAAGACUUUGUACUCCUCAGUCUCCAGGUCUCCCUGAAAGAUGCAGACAGCUGUGGCCUCCAUCGCCUCCUUGGAGGCCGUGGGGUCCAGCUGGUGGCACAGUCACCAUGGCUGAAGGACUCUCUGUCCAGAAUGACAGACAGUCAGGGUGUCAACCUGCUCUUCUCCACUCGCCGAGGGCACCUCUUUCUGCAGACUGACCAGCCUAUUUACAAUCCUGGGCAGCGUGUUCGGUACCGGGUAUUUGCUCUGGAUCAAAAGAUGCGCCCAUGCACUGAUGUCCUCACGGUCACAGUGGAGAACUCUCAUGGCUUCCGUGUGCGGAAGAGGGAGGUGUACACUUUGUCCAUCUUCCAGGAUGACUUUGUGAUCCCAGACAUCUCAGAGCCAGGGACCUGGAAAAUCUCAGCCCGAUUCUCAGACAGCUUGGAAUCCAACAGCAGCACCCAGUUUGAAGUGAAGAAAUAUGUCCUUCCCAACUUUGAGGUGAAGAUCACCCCUGGAAAGCCAUACAUCCUGACAGCACUCGGCUAUCUUGGUGAAAUCCAAUUAGACAUCCAGGCCAGGUACAUCUAUGGGAAGCCAGUGCAGGGGGUGGCGUAUGUGCGCUUUGGGCUCCUGGGUGAGGAUGGUGAGAAGACUUUCCUUCGGGGCCUGGAGAGUCAGUCCAAGCUGGUGGAUGGCCAGUGCCACAUUUCCCUCUCAAAAGCUGAGUUCCAGAGUGCUCUGGAGAAGCUUAAUAUUAGUAUGGCUGACCUCCCAGGGCUGCGUCUCUAUGUUGCAGCAGCCAUCAUUGAGUCUCCAGGCGGGGAGAUGGAGGAGGCGGAGCUCACAUCCUGGCGUUUUGUGUCAUCUCCCUUCUCCCUGGAUCUUAGCAACACCAAGAGAUAUCUCGUGCCUGGGGCUCCCUUUCUGCUGCAGGCCUUGGUCCGAGAAAUGUCUGGUUCCCCAGCCCCUGGUAUUCCUGUCAAAGUUUCUGCCGAGUUUUCUUCUCCUGGGUCUGCUUCUAAAAUUUGGGAAUUUCAACAAAACACAGAUGGGAGCGGCCAAGUCAGCAUUCCCAUUGUUAUCCCUCAGACCACUCCUGAACUGCAGCUCUUGGUGUCUGCAGGCUCCCUCUACCCAGCCACAGCCAGGCUCACCGUGAGAACUCCUUCUUCAGGAGGCUCCGGGUUUCUAUCUAUUGAGCGGCUGGAUCCUCGACCCCCUCGUGUUGGGGACACUCUCAACCUGAACCUGCAAGCUGUGGGCAUCAGUGGGACCACCUUCUCUCAUUACUACUACAUGAUCCUAUCCCGGGGUGAGAUUGUGUCUAUGAAUCGAGAGCCCAGGAGGAGUGUGACCUCAGUCUCCCUGUUUGUUGAUCAUCGCCUGGUACCCUCCUUCUACUUUGUGGCCUUCUACUAUCAUAAUGGCUUCCCAGUGGCCAACUCCCUACGAGUGGAUGUCCAGGCUGGGGCCUGCGAGGGCAAGCUGGAGCUGAAUGUGGACAGUGCCAAGGAGUACCGUAAUGGGGAGUCUGUAAAGCUCCACCUGCAGACAGAUUCUCCAUCCCUGGUGGCGCUGGGAGCUGUGGACACGGCUCUGUAUGCUGUGGGCAGCAAGUCCCACAAACCCCUUGACAUGGGCAAGGUCUUAGAAGUUAUGAACAGCUAUGACCUUGGCUGUGGUCCUGGGGGUGGGGACAGUGCCCUUCAAGUGUUCGAUGUGGCGGGUCUGGCCUUUUCUGAUGGAGACCAAUCAACCUCGAUCAGAAAGAGUCUGAGCUGUCCUGAGAAGAAAACCCGGAAAAAGAGAAAUGUGAACUUCCAAAAGGCAAUUAGUGAGAAGUUGGGCCAGUAUGCAUCCCUGGCAGCCAAGCGCUGCUGCCAGGAUGGGUUGACGCGGCUGCCCAUGGUCCGCUCCUGUGAGCAGCGGGCUGCUCGCGUGCAGCAACCAGACUGCCGGGAACCCUUCUUGUCCUGCUGCCAGUUUGCUGAGAGCCUGCGCAAGAAGAACAGGACCAGGGGCCAGGGGGGCCUCGCCCGAGCCCUGGAGAUAUUGCAGGAGGAAGACCUGAUUGAUGAAGAUGACAUUCCUGUGCGCAGCUUCUUCCCAGAGAACUGGCUCUGGAGAUUGGAAGCAGUGGACCAUUCUCGAAUAUUGACACUGUGGCUCCCUGAUUCUCUGACCACGUGGGAGAUCCAUGGUGUGAGCCUGUCCAAAAGCAAAGGAAUGUGUGUGGCCACACCUGUCCGGCUCCGAGUGUUCCGCCAGUUCCACCUGCACCUCCGCCUGCCCAUCUCUGUCCGCCGCUUUGAGCAGCUCGAGUUGCGGCCUGUCCUCUACAACUACCUGGAUAAAAACCUGACUGUGAGCGUCCACGUGUCCCCGGUGGAGGGGCUAUGCCUGGCUGGGGGCGGAGGGUUGGCCCAGCAGGUCCUGGUGCCUGCGGGCUCUGCCCGGCCUGUUGCCUUCUCUGUGGUGCCCAUGGCAGCUGCUGCUGUGUCCCUGAAGGUGGUGGCUCGAGGAUCCUUGGAAUUCCCUGUGGGGGAUGCAGUGUCUAAGGUUCUGCAAAUAGAGAAGGAAGGGGCCAUCUAUAUGGAGGAGAUGGUCUACGAACUCAACCCUCUGGACCGCCAAGCCCGGUCCUUGGAAAUUCCUGGCAACUCUGAUCCCAAUAUUGUCCCCGAUGGAGAUUUCAGCAGCUUUGUCAGGGUUACAGCCUCAGAUCCAUUGGAAACUUUGGGCUCUGAGGGGGCCUUGUCACCAGGAGGUGUGGCCUCCCUCCUGAGGCUUCCCCAGGGCUGUGGGGAACAAACCAUGGUCCUCUUGGCUCCUACACUGGCUGCUUCCCGCUACCUGGACAAGACAGAGCAGUGGAGCACACUGCCUCCCGAGACCAAGGACCGUGCUGUGGAUCUGAUCCAGAAAGGUUACAUGCGGAUCGAGCAAUUUCGGAAGACAGAUGGUUCCUAUGCAGCUUGGGUACAGCGGGACAGCAGCACCUGGCUCACUGCCUUUGUGCUGAAGGUUCUGAGUUUGGCCCAGGAGCAGGUGGGCGGCUCACCUGAGAAGCUGCAGCAGACAGCCAGGUGGCUACUUUCCCAGCAGCGGGCUGAUGGCUCAUUCCAGGACCCCUGUCCAGUUAUACACAGGGACAUGCAGGGGGGCUUGGUGGGAAAUGAUGAGACUGUGGCACUCACGGCCUUUGUGGUCAUCGCCCUUCAUCACGGGCUGGCCAUCUUCCAGGACAAGAGUGCAGAGCAGUUGAAGCAGAGAGUGGAAACCUCCAUCUCAAAGGCAAACUCGUACUUGGGGAAGGAAGCAAGUGCUGGGCUCCGGGGUGCCCAUGCAGCCGCCAUCACGGCCUAUGCCCUGACGCUGACUACGGCCUCCCAGGACCUGCGGGAUGUUGCCCACAACAACCUCAUGGCCAUGGCCCAGAAGACUGGUGAUGACCUGUACUGGGGCUCAGUCACCAGCUCUCAGAGCAAUGUUGUGUCAUCCACCCCGGCUCCUCGCAGCUCAGCAGACCCCAUGUCCCCGGCCCCAGCCCUGUGGAUUGAAACCACAGCCUAUGCCCUGCUACACCUGCUGCUGCGGGAGGGCAAGGCCGAGAGGGCUGACCAGGCUGCAGCCUGGCUCACCCGUCAGGGUGCCUUCAAAGGGGGAUUCCGCAGCACCCAGGACACGGUGAUCGCCCUGGACGCCCUGUCUGCAUACUGGGUCGCUUCUCACACCACUGAGGAGAGGGGACUCAAUGUAACUCUCAGCUCCACAGGCCGCAAUGGGUUCAAAUCCUAUGUGCUGCAUCUGAACAACCACCAAAUUCGGGGGCUGGAGGAGGAGCUACAGUUUUCUUUGGACAGCAAGAUCAGUGUGAAGGUGGGAGGAAACAGCAAAGGAACCUUGAAGGUCCUUCGUACCUACAAUGUCCUGGACAUGAAGAAUACAACCUGCCAGGACCUUCAGAUUGAAGUGACAGUCAUGGGCCACGUUGACUACACGAUGGAAGCAAAUGAAGACUAUGAGGACUACUAUGAGGACUUUCCAGCCAGGGAUGACCCAGGUGCCCUUUCGCAGCCUGUGACGCCCCUGCAGCUGUUUGAGGGACGGAGGAACCGCCGCAGGAGAGAGGCGCCUAAGGUGGCGGAGGAACAGGAAUCCAGAGUGCAGUACACCGUGUGCAUCUGGCAGAAUGGCAAGGUGGGGCUGUCUGGCAUGGCCAUCGCGGACAUCACCCUCCUGAGUGGGUUCCAUGCCCUGCAGACCGACCUGGAGAAGCUGACCACCCUCUCUGACCGUUACGUGAGUCACUUUGAGACCCAGGGACCCCAUGUCCUGCUAUACUUCGACUCGGUUCCCACCUUGCGGGAGUGCGUGGGCUUUGGAGCUGUGCAGGAAGUGGCUGUGGGGCUGGUGCAGCCAGCCAGUGCAACCCUGUAUGACUACUACAACCCCGAGCACAAGUGUUCCGUGUUUUAUGGGGCACCAAGUAAGAGCAAACUCUUGUCCACCUUGUGCUCUGCUGAUGUCUGCCAGUGUGCAGAGGGGAAGUGCCCUCGACAGCGUCGUGCCCUGGAGCGGGGGCUGCAGGAUGAGGAUGGGUACAGGAUGAAGUUUGCCUGCUACUAUCCCCGAGUGGAGUACGGCUUCCGGGUCAAGGUUCUCCGAGAAGAUAGCAGAGCUGCUUUCCGCCUCUUUGAGGCCAAGAUCACCCAAGUCCUGCACUUCACCAAGGACACCAAGGCCACUGCUGGCCAGACCCGCAACUUCAUGGUUCGAGCCUCUUGCCGCCUUCGCUUGGAACCUGGGAAAGAAUAUUUGAUUAUGGGUCUGGAUGGGGCCACCCAAGACCUCAAGGGAAACCCCCAAUACCUUCUGGACUCAAAUAGCUGGAUUGAAGAGAUGCCCUCUGAACGCCUGUGCCGGAGUACCCUCCAGCGGGCAGCCUGCGCCCAGCUCAACGACUUCCUUCAGGAGUACGGCACUCAGGGGUGCCAGGUGUAAUGGCUGCCCUCCCCCUCCCCCAGGAGGAGCCUGAGCAGGCAGAGGCAGUGCCUGGUCUGCUGCUGCUCCUGACUCCUGAACACAGCCCUGGGCAGGGUUGGUGCAUAAUAAAGGCUUUUGGCAGCAAA